CCCCGUUCUCCGUCUUCGCGCCCAUCGACCCCUCGUACUUAAGGGUUAACCCGCUCAAAAUCGACUCCGAGCGAUCUCGCCUUCCUGUCGUCGCCAAGUCGCCACACUAGAUCUCGUCUUAUCGUUAUCAGGCUUCCAUGUCGACGUCACAGCUCGAACAGUCGAAUAGGGAGGUGGGCAGCGCCGCGGCUUCGAUUAACAAGUCGGAAGCGAGCGCAACGGUCCGAGAGUCUUCCCGGCCUCCUACCGCAAGGCCGGACGAUGUGGGUCCUCCGCAGGCACCGAGUUUGGGUGUCCCGGAGGGUGGUUUAGCAGCAUGGCUCACCGUCGCUGGAGCCUUCUUGUGUCAGAUGUGUGGAUUCGGGUACACCGGUUCUUUCGGAGUGUAUCAAGACUUCUACACUCGCGUGUAUCUCAGUAAUCAGUCGUCAUCUGCAAUCUCCUGGAUAGGAAGUUUGAAUGCAUUCCUGGUCAUCUCCGGGGGGCUGAUAGCCGGUCGUCUAUACGACCGUGGAUACUUCUACCAUCUCCUUUACGGAGGUUCUCUACUCCUAGCUUUCUCUUUGUUCAUGCUGUCCCUGGCCAAGCCCAACCAGUAUUAUCAGGUCCUCCUUAGUCAAGGCAUAGGUGCCGGCCUUGGUGCAGGGAUGGUUUACAUCCCGAGCGUCGCUAUCAUCUCGCAAUACUUCCACAAGAGGCGUGCGCUCACGAUGACCAUCGUCGCCUCAGGCUCAUCGCUCGGCUCGAUUGUCCAUCCCAUCAUGCUCAACAAUACGCUGAACAACCCCAAGAUCGGCUUUGCCACUGCCGCCCGAGCGAACGCGGGCUUGAUCUCGGGACUGCUGCUCAUUGCGUGUUUCAUGAUGCGCACCCGCACGACGGUGCAGUCGAAGCCUGCAGACCUCUGGGUGUCCGCCAAGCGGUUUUCUAAGGACUUGCCAUACGUGUUUGCGGCUCUUGGGAUGACGGUUUUCGCUACGGGCUUCUACUUUCCCCUGUUUUACAUCCAAUUGGACGCGCUCACACACGGGCUUGACAAGACCUUCGCUUUCUACUCGCUCGUGAUCAUGAAUGCCUCCAGUUUCGUCGGCCGGCUUUCGCCAGGGUGGUUCGCAAACAGGCUUGGGUCUCACAAUAUCAUCGUCACUGCGACUUUCUGCUGCGCCAUCCUCAUCUUCGGCAUGAUCGGUAUCAGCAGUGUUGCGAGCGUCGUCGUGAUCGCUGUCAUAUAUGGGUUCUUUGUCGGAACAUACAUCGCAAUGCUCGGGCCACUACUUGCGCACCUGACGGACGAUAUGUCCGAGCUUGGUGCGCGAAUGGGAAUAGCGUUCGCGUGUGCUGGUAUCGGCAGUCUCGUAGGCACCCCCAUCUCUGGCGCGCUCUUAACGGCAGAGUAUCACUGGUGGCGCCCUGCGCUCUUCAGCGGGAUUGUGGCGUUCGCCGGGUUCGGGUGCUUCUCGGUCUCGAUUAUACUUCUCCGCCGACGCAAGGCACACCAGCGUGCCCUCGACCUGAGCGAAAAGGCUUGAACUAGAUUUUUCAUACAUGCGCCCACGCAUGCAGCCCGUCCAGCUUGGGGAUUACGACCAUGAUUUCGAAGGGAUGUAUACUACUUUACGAGCGGAGACACGCCAUCACGCUUUCUAAUGCCUACACGAUCCUUCAGGAGACACGCAGACCGG